CUCAACGAUGUUUUGAUUUGAAUCGUCCCGCUCCGUUGGCAUGGGCUUGCUACGACUUCACGUUGCCGCCGCUGGGGUGGUGGCAUUCGCUCUGGCGUCAUCAUCCGCGGCCUCGACGCCAGCAUCCUCCUCUAUUCGAUUUGUAGCACCAGACGAGAUGCUUGGGUCUGGCUGUGCUUCCCAAUCGGACUGUGGGUACCUUCCGGGCCUGGCCUGCGUUCGCUCGACAUGUACGCUAUGUGAUGUCGACGCGGACUGCGGCGCGACCCCGUCGGACACGUCCAAACGCUGUGUGGUGGACCACGGCACCACCACGGUGACAAGUGUCGACGGCACGACGACGACGUUCCGGCCCAACUCGGUGUGCAUGGAGAAGAACUUGUUCGAUCCGUUCACUACUCACGACGCAGUGGCGUCUCUACUUGCGUUCCUCUGCACAGCCCUUGGCUCGGCGGCAGGCACCGGCGGCGGCGGACUGCUGGUGCCCAUGUACAUCUUGGCGUUCGGCCUCGGCCCCAAGCACGCCGUUCCCAUGUCCAAGACAACCAUCUUUGGCGGCGCCAUAGCCACGUUGAUGGUCAACGUGAUGAAAAAGCACCCUUACCGAAGUCGGCGCCCGCUGAUCGACUACACGCUGUCGGCCAUGAUGGAACCUCCGACUUUGAUUGGAACGAUCUUUGGUGUCAUGGGCAAUGCUACAUUUCCAUCGUGGCUCAUUCUGGGGCUGCUGCUGGCUUUGUUGUCGUUUAUGGCUGUGCGUACCCUCCAGAAAGUCCAACACAUUGACGCUUUGGAAAAAGCGACCACUCAGAGUGAAAUCGUGCAGUUGAUUCCGACCCAAACCUCCCGUGUCCCCGACCCGAAGGAUAUUGCGAAGCAAGCUCGGAUCCAGCAACAGGACUACCAAGACUUUGAAACUCUCGCGCCUGUCGUCGUGCCUGCCAACAUGGACAAGACAGUAUACUUUCGACAACUCAAGACCCAACUGGAAGACGAAGAAAGUCACGUGUUUCCGUGGACGUAUGUCCUGCCGCUUGUGCUAUGUUGGCUCCUUAUAUUUGCGCAAUCGCUGUUCCGAGGAGGCCAUGGGACCCCCAGUGUUGUGGGCAUUCCGUGCGGGUCGUCUACGUAUUGGCUCUUGACGUGUGUCCCGUUGGUCGGGUUGAUAUUAAUCACAUGGUUCAUGGGCCAACGCUUGCGCGUGCGGAAUCAACUGCGUGUCCUGAGCGGCGCCGACUUCGCCGUGGGGGACGUCCACUGGACCAAGAAGACUGCUCAGAUUGUGUUUCCCAUCUACUGUGUCGUGGCAGGCGUUGCUUCAGGCCUUUUAGGCAUUGGCGGCGGGAUGGUUCAAAACCCAAUCAUGUUGGAGUACGGGCUGCUGCCUGCCGUGUCGUCGGCCUCGGCGUCGUAUAUGAUUUUGUUCACAUCGUCAGCCACGACUCUGCAGUUUGCAGUCGCAGGCCAAUUUCCAGGCCAACUGCAAUAUGAUUACAUCUUGUGGUACUCGCUCAUGGGAUUUUUGGGCGGGUGCUUUGGCCAAAACUGCGUGGGGAUUAUCGUCAAAAAGUACAAGCGAAGCUCCAUCUUGGUGUACGUGCUGGCGUUUACAAUUGCGGCGUCAGCGGUGGCGAUGGGCAUUUCAGGCUACGAAACGGUGAUUCACGAUUUUACCAAGGGCGUGCACUUGGGGUUCUCCAAUGUGUGCGGAAAGUAAUAGAUGCAGCCAUCAAAGACAUGGAGUCCAUUGAAGGCGCUUCUAGAGUGGUUUGUUCGAGUGUAAUUUUGAUCAGUAUACCCCCGCACAUACUUAUCGGGC